AUGAAUGCGAUUGCCGCAAAUCCUCAAGUAGCAGAUCCGCCAAAGUACGAUGUCAUUGCCGAUGUGCAGAGUUUUUCGAGCGCCAUAGAUUUCGUGGUUGGCAUCUCUUUGUGGUCGCCUGAUGGAAUCCCUGUUGAUGACGACGUCAAGUUGAAGCCCAUUAAAGAUUCUAUGCUGAUGAGCGUUCGCAUGAUGUACUGUGAGGAUUUCACGACGAACGUCUGCGUCAUAAAGGAUGACAUGCUCUUGACCUCCAAAGACGUCUUCGCGUCCCCAAAUGGAAAGCAGCAAGGUUCUGUGGCUUCAACGACAUUGAUGGUACCACGAAUUGGGGGUGUUCUUGGCGAAGGUGUGGACCCCUUAAUGUGGACUUCUUGGCGGAUCUCGUUUCAAGUGGUGCAGUUGGGUGUACAGUAUAUUCAAGAAUUGCUGCAGCAGCUCGAGGAGGGAUCUGAAAUCCCUGUCAGUGCCGAAACCAUACUGCAAUUGGUGCCUGAAAUGAUCAAGCAGAAGGUCACCAAGGAUAUCGAAAAGAGCAUUCGUGAAGGAACGUUUGAUGGUCUACUUCAUGGCAACUUGGGAAAUGAUGACAUUGUGAGCAGUGUAGUAGGAGAAGAAGCGGAAACCUUCCAGGCUUUGCUUGCUCUGCCUCCGCAACAAGCGCAGCAAGUUCAAAAAGAUGCGAACGAUGAAGAAAACGCCUCGACAAUCGAUUUAACGGAGGUCGCUAUUUACGUGGCCAUUGCUUGUGGAAUCAUAGCCAUGGCUGCUUGUGGCCUCGCCUACAUCUACACCACUCAAACCAGCAAAGCGGCCAUGGCUGAAAGCGGACUGGCUGCCGACCGUUCAAGAAGUCUCAAGGACCUUACAGACCUUAAUGUCGAUAGUUCAGAACCCAGCCAAGAAAACGAUACCAGCGACGAUGGCGUAGAUGAUGACACCACCACCCCAGGUCUUUAUCCACCUGCUACACAAAGCAUGGCUAGUCCUAGUGUGGAUACCGGUACCGAAAGUGACACUGAUGGCGAUCUUUCCACAGCAGUUGCUUCCUGGCAAGUCAAGCCAAGAAGAUUUGUGUUGCAAGAGCCCGAGGUGAAAUCCCAGGCAACGCCGAGGGAUGAAGACACAACCAGCUUCCCGACAAGUGGCUCUCUUGUUGCUGGAUCUGUCAUGGUGGGAUCUCUCGGAGCAGACUCUGUCGAAAGCAGCCUGGAUGGGUGGUCUGUCAACAGUUAUGACAUGACCUGGGCGUAA